AUGGAGAAGAAGUUAUGGAUAAAGAACAAAGUAUGGAUGGGGAAGAAGUUUGGGAUGGAGAAGAAUCUACUAAUUAAGGAAGCAGAAGAAGUUAAGGAGGAUGGAGAAGUUAGGGAAGGAGAAAAGGAUAAGAAUGAAGAACAAGUUAGGGAAGGAGAAGAAGUUAAGGAUGGAGAAAUAGUUUGGGAUGGGGAAGAAGUGAAGGAAGGAGAAGAAGUUAAGGAAGAAGAAGAAGAAGUUUUGGAUGGAGAAGAAGUUAAGGGUAAAGAAGAAAGUAUGGAUGGGGAAGAAGUUUGGGAUGGAGAAGAAGUUAAGGAGGGAGAAAUGAUCUUGGAUGGAAAAGAAGUUAAGGAAGGAGAAGAAAUUAGGGAUGAUGAGGAAGAAAGUAAGGAUGGAGGAGAAGCAGUUAUGGACGGAGAAGAUGUUAAGGAAGGAGAAGAAACUAAGGAAGGAGAAGAAGUUUGGGAUGGAGAAGAAGUUUGGGAUGGAGAAGAAGUUUGGGAUGGAAGAGAAGUUUGGAAUGGAGGAGAAGAGUCGAAGUAUGGAGAAGAAAUUAAGGAAGAAGAAGUUUAG